AUGGCCGAGCUAUUAUCGGUCCCCCUGAAGAAACCGAGUGAUGUGGAUGUUGUAAAUCCCUUGAGAAAUUUGAUUCAGUCGAGGUACAGUACAGCAGACAAGCCCGAAGACUGUUCAGAGGCUAUCAGUGAAUUUUCCAAGCUCCGAACCACCGCUAACUGGAAGGCUUUUGAGAAGUAUGAAAGUUCACUGGAUGUUAUUUACGGGUACUAUGAUCAAAUUGUCGCCUUGGAGGCGAAAAUACCAGCACAGGAAUUGCAAGUCCCUUUCAAAUGGAAAGAUGCUUUUGACAAGGGAAAUAUUUUUGGAACCAGAAUGAGUCUAACUGUUCCAUCACUUGCGUAUGAGAAAGUAUGUGUUCUUUUCAAUGUUGCUGCCUUACAAAGUGGUGUAGCUGCAACACAAAGUGUGGAAAAUGAUGAAGGGUUGAAAUUGGCAGCCAAACUUUUACAGCUAGCUUCAGGAAUUUUUUAUCAUCUGAAAAAUACAGUUAUGCUUGCCAUACAACAAGAUCCCACUCCAGACUUGAAUCCUGAUACUCUGGGAGCAUUGUCACAGUUGAUGCUAGCUCAGGCUCAACAGGUGUUUGUUCACAAGGCCAUUCAUGAUAACAUGAAAGACACAAUUGUUGCCAAAUUGGCAUCUCAAUGUGAAGAAUUGUAUGCCGAGUGUCUCAAAGUAUUCCAGAGAGAAAAUUUGAAGACUAUUUGGGAUAGAGAAUGGAUUCCAAUGAUUGCCGGCAAACAAGCUGCCCUUGGAGCAGUGGCUGAAUUCUACCAAAGCUUGGUGUGCAAAGCCAAUAAGAACGUUGGCGAAGAAAUUGCUAGAUUGCAGAGAGCAACUGAACUUUUCAAAUCUGCCGAAACCCGUUCUGGUAAAUCACUGUUCAGUGAACUGGCCUCUAGGGCUGAGAGACAUUUGGCUGAAGCUAGGAAAGACAAUGAUUUCAUCUAUCACGAAAGGAUACCAGACAUCAAGGCUGUAGAUCCUAUAGGAAAAGCUCAACCAGCAAAGGUUUUGCAGGUGGCUCAUCCUAUGAGCCAAAACUUUUCCAUAGAUUUAUUCAGCGAACUGGUGCCGGUCGUCAUUCACCAAGCGUUGGCCUCUUACGACUUGAGAAAAACAGAGAUCGUCAACACGGAAAUCACCAAGUUGCGAGAAUCCACCCAGAUGCUGAACGGGCUGUUGGCGAGCCUGAAUUUGCCGGCCGCGAUAGAAGUCACCGGCAGCGGGAACGAAGUGCCGCCCUCUAUAUUGGAGAAAGCGCAGGCUGUUAGUUCGUUGGGCGGGCUAACGGAGUUGGAGAGGAUGUUCAACGAGUUGCCGGACUUGCUGAAAAGGAAUCAGGAUAUAUUGGACGAGACGGACCGAAUACUGAACGAAGAAAAAUCCUCCGACGACGCCUUGCGGCAACAAUUCAAAGAGAAAUGGACCCGAACACCUUCCGACAAGCUCACCGAGAUGUUCCGCUCGAACUCGGCCAAAUACAGGGAGAUCAUCGACAACGCCGUGAAGGCGGACCGGGCGGUGCGCGACAAGUUCGAGGCGCAGCGAGGCGGCAUGCAGCUGCUGAGCGAGGGACCGGCGGCCAUACGGACGGCGCUGCCUAGCGGCGGGGCGGGCAACGUGUUGGACUCGUCGGCCGCGCAGACACUGCGCAGCCUGAUGGAGGAGGUAGAAACUAUAAAAGCCGAGCGAGAAGCAAUCGAAUCGGAAUUGAAGAACCCUACCACAGACAUGAAGGACGUCUUCCUGGGCGCCCUCGCCAAAGAUGGGGCCAUCAAUGAACCGGCCAUUUCGUUCGAGAAUCUGGGGAAGGUUUAUGGGAACGUUCAGAAACAAGUCGCCGAGAGUAUCGAGAGACAGGGUUCUUUGGUCGAUAGAAUAAGGACGGCCCAUGGUCAGUUCAUAUCAGAAAGAGGAUCCACGGUCGAUGGCAGAGAGAACAUGAUGUGUUCUCUAGCUUCCGCUCACGAUUCGUUCAGGGAUUUGCAGAACAAUCUGAAAGAAGGAACGAAAUUCUACAACGAUCUCACCCAGAUGUUGGUGACGUUCCAGAACAAAGUGUCAGAUUUUUGCUUCGCCAGAAAAACGGAGAAAGAAGAGCUGCUCAAGGACCUCACUCAGGAAUCGAGCAGGCAGGCGCCCCCUGUCGCUCCAUCAAAACCAAGCUAUUACGACACGAUAACGAACUAUUUUACAGGCUCCUCGACGGACGGUGGCCAGUCCGCCCCCGCCACUUCGCCGCCCCAGCAGCCGCCCCAGCAGGUGCCCUCCAGCCUGCCCUACCCGGUGUACGCGCAGGGCAUGCCCUUGCCGUACGGGGCGACCGCGCAAGCGCCCUACCCCUCCUACGUGCCGCCGCCCAUGCCGCAGGGGUACAACCCGUACGGCACAAUGACGUAUCCAACCUCGUACCAAUUCCCGCAAGGCCCGCCCCCUGGCGGCGCCUACCCGGGCCAGCAGCAGGCCAUACAGACGCCGUUCCCGCCCGCCCCCGGUCAACCUGGGUAUGGUCAACAGCCGGGCGGCGGCUAUCCUGGGGCCUACGGCGGCCCUGGAUCGUACAACACCUGGCAUUGAGAACGUAG